AUGAACCGGGGCACCGUACCAGCAGCUAAAUCGGCACGAACAGCCAUCGGCAACAUCCGAAAAGCCAUAGAGAGCGACAUGAGAAAGAGUCAGAGGCAGGAGACUUGGAAAUGCGCAGCGGUCGUGACAGACGCUCGAAACCCCGACCGGAUCAAAAUUUUAUGCAGAGACCAAACCGAGUUGAAGCAGGUCAAGGAAGCAGCGCAGAAGACGGUAACUUCGGGAGCCAGGCGUACCGCAGUGCUGGACGCCGAAGGCAACGUUCUGCCGGGCGCAGCUGAGGCGCUCGGAGCCGAGAAUUACGUCACGAUUGCCAAGAUCACCUGGCUUAGCAACAGAGAGAAAGCCAAAGCGCUCAAGCUGAACAGGAGGUAUGCGUCGCCAAUGCAGAAGCUCGCCUCGGCGAUGGGAAGACUAGAUACCAAACGCCUGGAAGUCAUCCACGAGUUCGCACUGGCGCCGUGGGACGAACGAGUGCAGGCAACGUACGAGGCAGACCGAGCGGAGGUGCUGAAGUCGGAUGACCCGGAGGACAUCACUAUCGCGACGUCCAGCUCGCAAAGGAAAGGCAAGGUCGGGUUGGGAGGCGUCGUUCGGGAUGCUUCCCGUGACAGCGCAGACGAGGUGCUGGCCAGCUACUCCGUCACCCUUGGCUCCAGUGAUGAGCAGAAUACCUACACAGCAGGACUCAAGGCAAUCGCCAUGGCCCUGAGCUGCCAUGCGCCUAUAUUGCGACCCCAGAUUCGGGCUGCCCGCAUCACCUGGCUGGAUAAUAUGAGACCACGUCUUGAGCGAAGGAAUGCCGAUAGACUGCAUGUUCGGGUACAAGUACAUCAGCUCUUUCAGCAGCUGGUCGACGUUCUCUGCCGUGUUGUUCGAUAUGAGCUGCGCCCUGAGGGCUUCUCGCACGUCUUCAUCCGAGUUUGUCGAAUCGGUCACGAAACCACCACCCUCAUCAGUGGUGACACCGACCAGCAGUGGAACCUUGACGAAGUUGCCCUUGCGUAG